AUGAUCACACGGAAGGCACGAAAAUGGGAAAAGCUCCCGGGGAAAAACACUUUCUGCUGCGAUGGACGCGUAAUGAUGGCCCGGCAGAAAGGCGUCUUCUAUCUAACCGUAUUUCUCAUCGUCGGCACCUGCUCCUUGUUCUUCGCAUUCGAGUAAGUAUAGUUGCAUCUCCAGUGUUCAUUUGGGCGAUGAUAAAACAAACUGUCAAUCAUUGGGGCGUGUUUUCUCAAGAAAUCCUGAACAUGCACCAGCAGUGGAAGUGUCAUGACAUGAACAUUUUUAUUUGAGUGUAUAAAAUGUUUUCUAGGAAGAGGUGCAGGGCCGGUCCCACCUAAAUCUCGUUUAAAAGUGCAUUUCCUGCAAUUCUACACAUUUUUCCAUGGGGUGGAGAGCAAUUUUUGCAAUUUUAUUACACAUUUUAUGCAAUUCUAGUAAUUUUGCCAUGGGGCAGAGAGAAGAAAAAUCAGUUAUACAGUUAAUUCCCUGCAAUUCUACCUAUUUUGCCAUGAAUUAUGCCAUGUUAAUGAUAUCUGAUUGAGAGUGACUAACAAAAUCAAUAGAGGCCCCCUGGAGUUCAGGGUCCCUGGGCAUGUGCCUGGUUGGUAUUUGGCCAUGAUAGCUUGCUAGACUAACUUACCAAUCCAAAAAUUGUUAGCUGACAUGGCUAAUUGAGUGACUGUCAGUGAAUGACACAGCAAGAGAAACAUUGCUGAUGCACAACCAAAUGUUGCACCUUGUUUAUUCUACUAUUCUAACUCUCAACAGUAAGUUGAGACCCCGACUAAAAAAACGAAAGGAACAAAAGACCGUUGGGCCUGGAGCCCCUGAUGAGGUGCUUUUCCUAUAGGGCUGCAAGUCCGAUGCAAAUAAUAACCUGUAGUAGGCCUAGAAUAUAGGUUAUAUUUACGCUGUACCAAGUUAUGAUUGAAUAAUUAAUUAUUCAUAUUAUUCAUAUUAUAAUUUUAUGGGUUCUUAUAUUUGUCCUGUUUCACACAUGUACAAGUGUGUAUUAAUAUGCAUGUGUGAAAUUGAUUUUAAAAAGUGCAUAUCCAACUCCCCCUGAGACACCCUCAGUGAGUCGGGUCACGGCCAGGGGCUGACAUUAUCAAUGGAGACGCUGAAGCAAUUAAGAUUCAAACUAGCGACCUUUUAGGUUACUGGCCCAACGCUUGCCUAAACAUCAGCCUGUUACCAUGGUUAGCCCAUGGAUAUUCAGUCUGAAAGAAGUUUGCCAGAAAAAAGAGUCUCUAUAAGCAAGAAUGUUGAAUAAAAGAUGUACUUUACCAGUUGUUUGUGCUGUUGGUCCAUUUGGCGGUAGGAGGUGGAAAUACGUUAUUCACAGGAAGGUGUUGUUUACCCAAAUGUUUUGUUUGUUUCUCGGCAGCAGUAGGUUCUGUCACUUGUAUUUUCAAUCUCCUGAGGCAUUGCUGGUGAUGCACAAUAAGUAAACAAUAGCCGAAUGUAACCGAACAUAGUCGACCGGCACAAGUUUCCUUGCAAUCAGCUGGAAGUUUUUGUGAAAUUAGCCAGCUGAUUGUGUGGGACAACGUUCAGUUAGGCUCGGCCAUAUUGUGGAAGUGUUUUUAUUGCGUGCGAAGAAACUAUAUGCAGACCGUCGUACCGAAGGUUGGGAUGAAAACGCUUCCCUGUGGAUAUUUUGUCGCAGGUUACCUCCGACAUAGCUGCUGUCUGCCGAUUUUAUCCCUAAAGUAAUUUGAAAUGAAGUUUGUUCAACAUUCUGACUUGUAAUAGGACUGCUCGGGAAGGCUGAGCCUACAUCUUAGAGACGAGUGCAAGUGUUUUACUCUCGGAUUCUAAAAGAGUCUAAUGGUUAGGCUAUCUGCCGCUCUUAAGUAAUAAGGCAUAUAAAAUAUUCUCCCCACAAAAAUCAAUGGCUGAGUGGUAGCAUAUCAGAAGGGAACCAUUAUUGACUAAUAUCUAGUCUUGCAUAUUUCAAUCUUUAAUUCCCUUACUGUCAAGUGAAGGGGGCCCUUGCUCAAAAUUAAGCAUUGCCUUUCAGAACAUAAUAAUAUAACAUCAACCUAAGCCUACUGUAGAUUCUGCUGCCUCCAUCUAUCAAUUGAUUGCCUUUCUUGUACUUCAUCAACAUAAAGUAAAACUGCCUAACAAAGCUGGCCAAAGAGCAGUUCGGUCAAAUGCCUUGUCUGUGGGCCUGUCUCAAUUGUGGGUUUUGCAGAAUUCUCAUUAUUUAGCUAAAAAUGAGGGCCUCAAGGAAAAGUGGUCCAGUGUGUUAGAAAUACCAAGGCCAGUUUCUUGUUUUGCACUCUCCCUGAAACCACAAUACGUUUUCCUCCAUGAAAUGUAUGGCAUGAUGGAGAUGGCACUGCAGUGGAUAGCUGCCGUCUUAAAGGCUCCUGACCAAUUCUGUUAGUUUGUGUUUUUUUACACUGAUCUGAACUUUUUUUGUACAUAAUGUUUCCGUUAUAAUUUCCUAUGACCGAAAACAGCUUCUGGACAUCAGAACGGCGAUCACUAACCUUGAUUUGGAUGAAGAUUUAUUCUUCAACGAGUCAGGCAGCUCUGGAUGUUAUGCUUACGCCGGACCAGGCCCUUAUCCCUGGGACUCUAAAGCUGUGGUGAAAGAGAGGCAAGCAAGGUGGCGUCAUGAUUUGACUAAGUUGGCGAGCAUCUAGACCACCAUUGCCCUCUGUUUUGUUGACGAACGUACAAUCACUAGAGAACAAAUUGGAUGAGCUCUGUUCAAGACUAUCCUAUCAAUGGGACCUGAAGAACUGUAAUAUCCUAUGUUUUUCUCUAAGUCGUGGCUGACCAAGGACAUGUAUAAUAUACACCUCACUGGCUUUUCCAUGCAUCGUCAAGAUUGGACAGCAGCCUCGAGUAAGCUUAGAGGGGGAGGGGUGUGUAUUUGUUAACACUAGAACCGCCAUAGCCCAACGACCACCUGACACAUUUGAUUUUGUAAAUAGAAAAAAAUCUGCCGAAAAAAAGCUAUGUCCUGCUCCUUCCAUUACUUUUCCUAAAUGUUUGUAUUUUACACUGCUCAGUUGUCAGAAUUUUGAAAUCACAAACAGAAAAGUAUUCAGAGCCUUUUUACUUGUUUUUUUCACACCUAUUCCAAACUUAAUCUGCCAAGACAAUGUGCUGUAGGAUGUUGAUAACCAGCCAGGCGCUAAUGCGUCUACUUCUCCUCACUGAAUGAAUGACAAAUGGGUGAAUGGGCGAUAAUUGUGCAGCUUACUUCACAAUUGAAUUGAAAUUAGGCCUAACUGAAUGAUGAGGGUGAAGAGGUUGAUUUAAUUUAAUGAGUUUGUGUUAUGCCUAUUUAUCAGCAGCAAAUCAUUUGACCGCGCGCCUUGUGGGUUGAUACCUUUCUAUUUUACGUUUUACUUUGUAAAAAUAAGCUGUUAUGGGACUAUUUUUAUUUACUACAACUAUAUUACUAAUCAAAUGUAUUGUAAAGGAAACGAAAACAUGCUACAUGUUGCAGUAGGCCUUUAGAAUAAUGCAAAACAUAUCCUUGACUCUAUCCAGCGAAUUUUUUUUAGUCAUUUAGCAGACGCUCUUAUCCAGAGAGAGUUACAGUUAGUGAGUGCAUACAUUUUUUUUUUCAUACUGGCCCCCCGUGGGAAUCGAACCCACAACCCUAGCGUUGCAAGCGCCAUGCUCUACCAACUGAGCUACACGCGGCCAAAAACAAACAAACGAUGCCGGCCCACUGAAUGAAUGACAAAUGGAUGGAAUGGGCAAUAAUUGUACAAGUUACUUCACAAUUGAAUUAAAUUAGGCCUAACUGUAGUUGAUUUAAUUUAGAACAACAAUAAUGUAAUGAUGAGUUUGUUAUGCUUAUUUAUCAGUGUUGACGCUCAUGUUAAUAAUUUGACCGCGCGCCUUGUCGGUUGAUACCAUUCUUUUACUUUGUAAAAACCAGCUGUUACAGGACUGUUUUAUUUACUGUAACUCUGUUACUAAUCACAUUUAUUGUAAGGGAAAUGAAAACAUGCUACAGUUGAAGUCGGAAGUUUACAUACACCUUAGCCAAAUACAUUUAAACUCAGUUUUUCACAAUUCCUGACAUUUAAUCCUAGUAAAAAAAAAACAUUCCCUGUCUUAGGUCAGUUAGGAUCACCACUUUAUUUUAAGAAUGUGAAAUGUCAGAAUAAUAGUAGAGAAUGAUUUAUUUCAGCUUUUAUUUCUUUCAUCACAUUCCAAGUGGGUCAGAAGUUUACAUACUCUCAAUUAGUAUUUGGUAGCAUUGCCUUUAAAUUGUUUAACUUGGGUCAAACGUUUCGGGUAGCCUUCCACAAGCUUCCCGCAAUAAGUUGGGUGAAUUUUGGCCCAUUCCUCCUGACAGAGCUGAUGUAACUGAGUCAGGUUUGUAGGCGUACUUGCUCGCACACGCUUUUUCAGUUCUGCCCACAUUUUCUAUAGGAUUGAGGUCAGGGCUUUGUGAUGGCCACUCCAAUACCUUUACUUUGUUGUCCUUAAGCCAUUUUGCCACAACUUUGGAAGUAUGCUUGGGGCAAUUGUCCAUUUGGAAGACCCAUUUGCGACCAAGCUUUAACUUCCUGACUGAUGUCUUGAGAUGUUGCUUCAAUAUAUCCACAUAAUUUUCCUUCUUCAUGAUGCCAUUUAUUUUGUGAAGUGCCCCAGUCCCUCCUGCAGCAAAGCACCCCCACAGCAUGAUGCUGCCACCCCCGUGCUUAACGGUUGGGAUGGUGUUUCCUCGGCUUGCAAGGUACCCCCUUUUUCCUCCAAACAUAACGAUGGUCAUUAUGGCCAAACAGUUCUAUUUUUCUUUCAUCAGACCAGAGGACAUUUCUCCAAUAAGUAAGAUCAUUGUCCCCAUUUGCAGUUGCAAACCAUAGUCUGGCUUUUUUAUGGCGGUUUUGGAGCAGUGGCUUCUUCCUUGCUGAGCGGCCUUUUAGGUUAUGUCGAUAUAGGACUCGUUUUACUGUGGAUAUAGAUACUUUUGUACCUGUUUCCUCCAGCAUCUUCACAAGGUCCAUUGCUGUUGUUCUGGGAUUGAUUUGCACUUUUCGCACCAAAGUACGUUCAUCUCUAGGAGACAGAACGCGUCUCCUUCCUGAGCGGUAUGACGGCUGCGUGGUCCCAUGGUGUUUAUACUUGCGUACUAUUGUUUGUACAGAUGAACGUGGUACCUUCAGCCAUUUGGAAAUUGCUCCCAAGGAUGAACCAGACUUGUGGAGGUCUACACAUUUUAUUUCUGAGGUCUUUGGCUGAUUUCUUUAGAUUUUCCCAUGAUGUCAAACAAAGAGGCACUGAGUUUGGAGGUAGUCCUUGAAAUACAUCCACAGAUACACCUCCAACUGACUCAAAUAAUUUUAUGGAAUUUUCCAAGCUGUUUAAAGGCACAGUCAACUUAGUGUAUGUAAACUUCUGACCUACUGGAAUUGUGAUAGAGUGAAUUAUGAUUGAAAUAAUCUGUCUGUAAACAAUUGUUGGAAAAAUUACUUGUCAUGCACAAAGUAGAUGUCCUAACUGACUUGCCAAAACGAUAGUUUGUUAACAAGAAAUGUGUGGAGUGGUUGAAAAACUAGUUUUAAUGACUCCAACCUAAGUGUAUGUAAACUUCCGACUUCAACUGUAUGUGUUGCUGUAAGCCUUUAGAAUAAUGCAAAAUAUAUCCUUGACUCUAUCCAUGAUGAUGAACGGGGAACAAACGAUGCCAGUCAGCCUGCACAGCCGGCCCAUCGAAACUAUACCGACACUUAUUUCACACAUAAGAUUUAGCCUAUAUACAAGAUUACAUUGACAAUAUUAGCCCUAUCAGUUGUCAAAUUGUACAUGAAUAGAUGGGUGCAUCUUGUAAUUGACAGAUGCAGGUAAAGGAGCAUCACUUUAUCAAGUCCUCCUUACAUUUUAGUCAUUUAGCAGACGCUCUUAUCCAGAGCGACUUACAGGAGCGAUUAGGGUUAAGUGCCUUGCUCAAGGGCACAUCGACAGAUUUUUCACCUAGUCGGCUCGACGACCUUUCUGUUACUGGCACAACGCUCUUAACCACUAAGCUACCUGCCGCUACUUCAGUCACAUGCAGGUAAAACAAUUUGAUUUCUAUAUAGUAUCAGAAAAAGCAUAUUCUGCAGUUUCCAUGACACUUACCUUUGUAAAAAACACUCAAUUCAAGAGGUUCAGCUUUAUUUCUAAAUUUCACUUUUUCCAAGAAUAUCCAUGCUGUCCAUGUAUUCAGCACAUGACCACUCGCGCAACAGCAUUGCUUUGGCUACUAAGCAAAAACUAGUAACAUAAUAAAAUUAAAAUAUUAUGUUCUGUCGUCAAUGGAUGAAUGUGCGAUUACAAACUGAUAAUGGUGCAUGUGACUUCAAAACUGAAUGAUGAAGAGGGUGAUUUGAAUUUGAUCUGACUGACGAGGGCGAAAAGGAUGAUUGGAAUUUAGAACAAUAGUGUAAUGAUGAUGAAGAAUUGUGUUUUUUGUGGUCUAUUUUAUUAUAAAAGGCUGAAAAUUGUAUAUAAUUUCCCCUCGGAGAGUCAAAUCAUACACUGAGUACAACAUACAAUGUGUGUAGUUCACAGUGGCAAGCCAAUCCAAAUGCUACAGAAUUUAGAUGAGUUGGAGUCAGAUGGAGGAUCUGAUAUUGAGCCUAAAUCAACGUUGCUGAUGAAGACUCUUCAUCUGAUUCUGAUGUUGACUUCGAACUUCCACCUCUGGGACCUGAGCCUCACCGUGGGAAAAACCAGAACAGAGCCAACUGAGACGGUGAUCCCAACUGCGCACAGAAAAGGAAACAGUAUGUGGGACAUGUCUAUGGAUGAACUCAAAGCAUUUAUUGCACUCUUGUAUGUCCGCGGGGCAUACGGCGGAAAGAGCAUGGAUGUGGAGUCAUUUCUGUCUGAUAGGUAUGGGGUGGACCAUACCAUGCAACAGCUUCAGAGAGAUGAUGCGACACUUGUGGCAGGUGCACACGAAACAAGGCCCAUGAAAACUGUGCAGUGCAACCGAUUUUGUUUGUGGGGCUUGCUCACACAAAGCCCUGACGCUGUGUGCUGACUGUGGACCCGAAGCAUAAAGCGAAGACAAGAUUGAUUAAUGCGCAUAAGGGCACAAUACAGUAUCCGAUACAAUCAACAAAUUACUGUUUUUAUAUAUUGUAAUUCAUAUUUUUCCACAUUUAUUUAUGCAAUUCAUCCUUUUCUAAUUGUUCAUGCACUGGUGCUUUUAAUUUCACUUGUGCACCUUGCUGGUUAUAUAAUAUUUUUCAUUUCUACUUUGUCAAAAGAAGCUGUAACUUCUGGACUAUAACUCUAUUAGUAAUCGAAUCUACAGAUCAUGUUGAUCAAAUGGAUUAUACUGUUAGGUUUUUAUUGGAAGGGAAAUAAAAAUAGGCUGUUUUUUUUCUAGGACUUUGUAGAAUUAUACAAAACAUAUCCUUGACUCAAAUUGAUAUAUUUCCACUAUUAUUUCUUCAUGCAAUUAAACCUUCGCAAUAGUUUAUGCAAUAUUUAUCAAGCGUUGGCGCUUACGUUUGCGCACCUUGUGGGUUGAUAUGCAUCUGAUGCAUAUGCUAAAUAAAGGGGACGCCCAGCAACGUUCUCUAGGAUGAAAGGCCAGGCGGUUCUAUUGUUAACAGCUAAUGUUAAAGUCUCAAAUUUUUGCUCGCCUGAGUUAGAAUACCUCAUGAUAAGCUGCAGACCAUACUAUUUACCAAGAUACUUUUUCACGCCACUGUAGAUGAAAACUAUUUGCCCCUUUUUCUGAUUUUAUAUAUUUGUGCAUAUUUUUGGUAUUGAAUGUUAAGAUCUUCAACCAAAACCAAAUAUUAGAUGAAGGGAACCUUAGUUUACAAAUAACCCCACCCUCAAAAAUGGAUACUUAUUUAAUUAACAAAGUUGUGCAACACUCAAUUCCCCCGUGUUAAAAAGUAAUUGCCCCCUUACACUCAAUAACUGGUUGUGCCACCUUUAGCUGCAAUGACUGAAACCAAAUGCUUCCUGUAGUUGUUUAUCAGUCUCACAUCGCUGUGGAGGAAUUUUGGCCCACUCUUGCAUUUGUGGGUUUUCAAGCAUGAACUGCUCGUUUCAAGUCCUGCCACAACAUCUCUAUUGGGAUUAGGUCUGGACUUUGACUAGGCCAUUCCAAAACUUCAAAUUUGUUGCUUUAUUAGCCAUUUUCAUGUAGACUUGAUUGUGUGUUUUGGAUCAUUGUCUUGCUGCAUGAAGCAGCUGCGCUUUAGCUUCAGCCUAGCCUGACAUUCUGCUGUAGAAUUCUCUGAUACAGAGCAGAAUUCAUGGUUCCUUCUAUUAAGGUCGUCCAGGUCCUGAGGAAGCAAAGCAUCCCCAAACCAUCACACUGCCACCACCAUGCUUGACCGUUGGUAUGAGGUUCUUACUGUGGAAUGCAGUGUUUGGUUUUCGCCAGGCGUACUGGGACCCAUGUCAUCCAAAAAGUUGAGUCAAGUUUGCCAAAAAGCACCUGGAUGAUCAUCAAGACUCUUGGAAGAACGUUCUAUGGACAGAUGAUUCAAAAGUACACCCCAUCCACAUCGACGGGUCUGUAGUGGAGCAGGUCGAGAGCUUAAAGUUCCUCUGUGUCAACAUCACUAAGGAAUUAACAUGGUCCACACACACCAACACAGUCGUGAAGAAUGCACAGCAACGCCUCUUCCCCCUCAGGAGGCUAAAAAGAUUUGGCAUGGGGCCCUCAGAUCCUCAAAGUUCUACAGCUGCACCAUGGGGAGCAUCCUGACUGGCUCCAUCACCGCCUGGUAUGGCAACUGCUUGGUAUCCGACCGCAAGGUAGUGCGUACAGCCCAGUACUUCACUGGGGCCGGGCUCCCUGCCAUCCAGGACCUCUAUACCAGGCGGUGUCAGAGGAAGGCCCUUAAAAUUGUCCGACUCCAGCCACCCAAGUCACACUGCUCUCUAUGCUACCGCAUUGCAAGCGGUACCGAUGCACCAAGUCUGGAACCAACAGGACCCUGAACAGCUUCUACCCCCAAGCCAUAAGACUACUAAAUAGUUAUAGGUGCAAUAUUCAGAAUUCGCUCCGCCAUUUCCUGGUUGCUAAAAAUCGAAUAGUUCACCUAAUUUCCGUUGGUAACAAAACAAGCAAUGCAUAGUGUAGAGAAUCCUUGUACCAUCUUAAGCGCUGUGAAGUAUAUUUUCAAUAACCCAAAAUAUUGUAUUUUCAGCUGUUUGAAGCUGGUGUACAAAACCGAAAGUAAACGACGCAAAAAUGAAACUUAAGGGAUGCGUAGAAAUAGCCAAAUAGAACAGAUCUACCGCUUUAAAGAUUUGCUUUCAAUAAGAAUGACAUCUAAAAUUCAUAUUUCUAUGUGAAUUUGGUCGGGUUGACCAAAAAGUUACAUAUUGCAGCUUUAACAAAAUAGCUACCCGGACUGUCUGCAUUGACCCUCUUAGCACUAACUCCUUUGACUCAUCACAUAUGCUACUGCUACUGUUUAUUAUCUAUUCUGUUGCAUAUUCACUUUACCCCUACCUAUAUUAGGUCCAGGACGAUACCAGUAUUAAGGUACUCGUUAGUAUCGUGGCAACGAAAGAGAACACGAUGCGGAAUAAACUGCUUUAGGAAAACAGCCCUAAUGUUGGAAAACAAAAAUCAUUAUUUUGUCAUCCAGAGUCACAUUUAUUUAUUUUCUAAGCUAUAGCACACAAUAUUUUACAUACAGCAGGUUUUUAAAUGACCAAAGAGUUCUGCUUCAUGUUUUCAUUUUUGGCAUGGGAAAAAUAUUGCGAUAUGAAAAAAAUUAAAAUAUAUUGCGACAUUGUCCUGGCCCUAACAUACACUACCGGUCAAAAGUUUUAGAACACCUACUCAUUCAAGGGUUUUUCUUUAUUUUUACUAUUUUCUACAUUGUAGAAUAAUAGUGAAGACAUCAAAACUAUGAAAUAACACAUGUAUCAUGUAGUAACCAAAAAAGUGUUAAACAAAUCAAAAUAUAUUUUAUAUUUGAGAUUCUUCAAAUAGCCACCCUUUGCCUUGAUGCCAGCUUUGCACACUCUUGGCAUUCUCUCAACCAGCUUCACCUGGAAUGCUUUUCCAACAGUCUUAAAGGAGUUCCUACAUAUGCUGAGCACUUGUUGGCUGCUUUUCCUUCACUCUGCGGUCCAACUCAUCCCAAACCAUCUCAAUUUGGUUGAGGUCAGGGAAUUGUGGAGGCCAGGUCAUCUGAUGCAGCUCUCCAUCACUCUCCUUGAUAAAAUAUUCCUUACACAGCCUGGAGGUGUGUUGGGUCAUUGUCCUGUUGAAAAACAAAUGAUAGUCCCACUAAGCCCAAACCAGAUGGGCUGGCGUAUCGCUGCAGAAUGCUGUGGUAGCCAUGCUGGUUAAGUGUGCCUUGAAUUCUAAAUAAAUUACAGAUAGUGUCACCAGCAAAGCACCCCCACACCAUAACACCACCACCUCCAUGCUUGACCGGUAGUGUAUAUGUACAUAUCUACUUAAAUUACCUCGUACACCUGCACAUCGACACUGUACUGGUACCCCGUGUAUAUAGCCAAGUUAUCGUUACUCAUUGUGUAUUCAUUCCUUGUGUUAUUAUUUUUCUCUCUGCAUUGUUGGGAAGUAAUUCCACUAGACAGGGACCAUCACUGCUAGGUUACUAGACCUAAUGUAAUCAUCCAGUGGACUGCUGAGGAGCUACAUUAGUGGCUGCAGACUGCAGCUUCCUGAAGCCUCUGGCCCUACUGUAAGUGCCAAGCCCUUCCCAUCUCUGUUUGCACUCACUGGGAGUCUGGGUCGUGUUCAUUAGGCACCACAUGAAAGAAAACUGACUAAAACAGGGAGGGACUUUCUGGACUCCAAUCAAUAGUGCUAAAUUCUAUUGUAUGUUGCAAAACGUUUUAAAACAUUGUGCCCUUAUGAACAGACCAAGUUCUCAGCUGAGUCCCCACAGAGGGAACCGUUGAGACCGAUACGGAUGCCACUAGCUUAGCGGCUGAGUUUGAACCAGGGCCAACAAUGACUAAUGGCGCGAGUGUUGUUAGCACACUACGUUCAUAUUACAAUUGUCCCUCACGGGGGGACGCCUGAAUAUUAACAUGGAGAUUGUGCUGGGGAACAGGGGCUGUAAUUCAAAACUCUCCAUUACGGAGCAAUUUGAGACGUAUCUGAUCUAGCCCCUUGACGGGCUAGUGGCAAUUUGCUGAAAUGCUUUUCAAGAGUCAUGUUUGAGAGAGUAGCUCACUACCACUAAUCAACAGCUACAGGCACUCCUCUAUUAGAAACUAAGAAGUGAUAGCUGUGAUCUUUCACUUGCACUAUACUAUAUAUCUUAAGAGAUGAAUAAAUGUCUUAACAUAGAUGUCUAAAUCUUAAAUGACAUGGCUCAUGGGGGGAAAAAAGUAAAUCUUCACCUAAAGAGAUGUAUCUAUAUAGAUUCCCAUGGAUCUAGCCUUGUCCCAUGUUCUGUAUGUGCAGGUACAGUAUGGCAUGACAAUAGAGGAGUUGGCUAUAGCACAUUAUGGAACGAGGCUGCCAUGGAUCAUCUAUGGGAGAAAUUCUUCAGCUGGACACGAGGGUCUCUGUGAUUCUCGUUGGUAUCUGGCGAAGGUUUGACAUUCCUCAUUUAGCAAAAAUGUUAUUAAUGUUACUGUAGGCUAAACUAGUCUAACGGGAGUAGAGAAGCAUUGACGGAAACUGCUUUUGGUGUCAGUGCUUUCAUGGUUUACACCAAUAAGAGACUGGUCAGUAUAAUCAUCACUGGUGUAGCAUCUUCUCUACACUGAAUACAUAUACUUUUUCAGAGGGGAGACGGGUCUAAUACUACACCAAACAGAAGAAAAUUGUGUGAAACUAAGUCGUCUUAUCUGCACUUGCCAUUAAGAAAUUCUAAUUUCCGUUUUCUGUAAACGUUUUGAAAUGUUUUGCUUUGUGUACCCUAAUGUACUUGCCUGUCCACUCAUGCUGAAUUUAAUUCCGCUGCUCUAUCGAUGGCGCCAUACAUUGUCUGAAACUGCCAUCCUAGAAGUUGUUUGUGCAGACCUCAAAAUGAGGGGCAAUUAAUCAGCGAUCUAACCAUUUUAGAAUAUCAAAGUUGAUAACAUCAUCAUGUAGUCCGACUCUGGCUUAACGCAUCUGUUUCUAGGACCAAUCAGAACAGUCAGAAUGUGUUUGCAUUCUAGAAAAUGUCAGGGAGGAAAGCAAAUCCAGACUCGUCGUGGAAAAAGAAACGCUAGUUUGGCUGGAGCAAUGUGGAUGGGUAGUCGGGCUACUAAUGAACACGACCCAGUUCUGAAAGCUCAAGGCCAACAACUUCAGAGGAAUCCUAUGAUUGCAUUACUCUCUGACCCCCGUCUUAGUUCUCCCCCCACUAACUUUCCUUCCCUUGGGAAUCAAUUCACUGCAUUAGGGCUCUUCUUGUAAUGUGGAUUUAGGAUUAGAAAGUAGCAACAGGGCAUAGAUGGGAGAACAAAGAGGCAGUGUCCUCCAUGAGCGGGCUGGACCCAGUCCAAGAACAACCAACUGUGUAGACCUCUUAUUACUAAUCUCCAACCGUCAGCAGUCCAGCGAGAGAGGCGCUCCCCCUGAAGAGUAGCUGUACUAAAUUGCGGAAAUGAGCAACAAAUAGACAAAACAGAUUAGCCAAAUUGGUAGAAACCAUUUGUAGGAUGAGGUAGUCUUUUUCCAGCAUUGAUUCAUACAAAAGGAUUCACAGAUUGUGUGGGCUUACUACGGGGUAGGCCGUCAUUGUAAAUAAGAAUUUGUUCUUAACUGACUUGCCUACUUAAAUAAUAAAGGUAAAAUAAAGUUUUCCUCUGUGCCCCUGCCCAGUAACAUUUCACUAUUUGUUAUAAUAUAAUUUCAGACAUGCAUUUAAGUGGUGUUUGUGCUUUGAAUGGGAGCUUACCUCUGUGCCAGAGAGCAGGGUUGUGUUUAUUAGGGCACGUUUUAAAACGUUUUGCAACGUUUAUUGGACCAGGUCCCUCAGUUUGUCUGUUUUUUUCCAUUUGACUCAGGCUUUGAUAGCAGCAGUGGUACGUGGGUAAAAUCACCAGGGAAGCCAAUCCAGAAAAAAAAGGCAUAUUACAACCUAUGUGUUAUGAUAAUUGCAUUUGCUCUACAACCUAUUAGUUCAUAUGCCUUGACGCCGUGAUACUUUUGGUAAUGUAGUGUAUGUGGACACCUGCUGCUAUAACAGCCUCCACUCUUCUGGGAAGGCUUUCCACUAGAUGUUGGAACAUUGCUGCGGGGACUUGCUUCCAUUCAGCCACGAGCAUCAGUGAGGUCGGGCACUGAUGUUGGCUGAUUAGGCCAGGCUUGCAGUCGGCGUUCCAAUUCAUCCCAAAGGUGUUCGAUGGGGUUGAUUCAGGGCUCUGUGCAGGCCCGUCAAGUUCUUCCACACCGAUCUCGACAAACCAUUUCUGUAUGGACCUCGUGACGGUGCCACGUUAAAUCUUCAGUAAGGCCAUUCUACUGCCAAUGUUUGUCUAUGGAGAUUGCAUGGCGGUGUGCUCGAUUUUAUACACCUGACAGCAAUGGGUGUGGCUGAAAUAGCUGAAUCCACUCAUUUGAAGGGGUGUCCACAUACGUGUGUGAUAUAUAUUUGGCUAAGGCCGAGACAAUGAGAAGACACAGUGGCAGAAUACAUUCAACCACACACUUGUUUCAUUACAAAACCGGAGAGCAACAUCUGUCCGGUGAAGUCCACAAAACAUAUUGCAUGUAACAAACCAUCUGUCCUCGGUUGCAACACUCAGUAACAAGUUCCAAACUGCCUCUGGAAGCAACGUCAGCACAAUAACUGUUUGUCGGGAGCUUCAUGAAAAGGUUUUCCAUGGCCAAGCAGUCGCACACAAGCCUAAGGUCACCAGGCGCAAUGCCAAGCAUCGGCUGGAGUGGUGUAAAGCUCGCCGCCAUUGGACUCUGGAGCAGUGCAAACGCGUUCUCUGGCGUGAUGAAUUAUGCUUUACUAUCUGGCAGUCUGACGGACAAAUCUGGGUUUGGUGGAUGCCAGGAGAACGCUACCUGCCCGACUGCAUCGUGCCAACUGUACAGUUUGGUGCAGGAGGAAUAAUGGUCUGGGGAAGGCCCUUUUCUGUUUCCGCAUGACAAUGCCCCCGUGCACAAAGUGAGGUCCAUACAGAAAUGGUUUGUCGAGAUCGGUGUGGAAGAACUUGACUGGCCUGCACAGAGCCCUGACCUCAACCCCAUCGAACACCUUUGGGAUGAAUUGGAACGCCGACUGAGUGCCAGGCCUUAUCGGCCAACAUCACUGCCCAACGUCACUAAUGCUCUUGUGGCUGAAUGGAAGCUAGUCCCCGCAGCAAUGUUACAACAUCUAGUGGAAAGCAUUCCCAGAAGAGUGGAGGCUGUUAUAGCAGCAAAGGGCGGACCAACUCUAUGUUAAUGGCCAUGAUUUUGGAAUGAGACGUUCGACAAGCGGGUGUCCACAUACUUUUGACAAUGUAGUGUACAUUCAGCCUCUUGUAAAUUGAAGAAAAGGUAUGAAACACAAAGACGAAAGACAAAAAUAAUUUCUUUUUUUCUUGGUAUAUGUUUUAGGGAAGCCUGGCUUCCCUUGGCCUCCAUGAAUAAGCGGCGAUAUUUACAAUGUAGAAAAUAGUCAAAAUAAAGAAAAACCCUGGAAUGAGUAGGUGUCCAAACUUUUGAAUGGUACUGUAUGUUUGUUUUACUAUUCUUGUGGGGACCAAAACAUUUAUUCCCAUUCAAAAUCCGAUUUUAUCUUAAACCCUAAAACUAAAUCUAACCUCUAAUUCUAACACACUCCCUAAUUGUAACCCUAAAAAUAAACCUUACCCCUUAAAAAGUGUUUUUCCUUGUGGGGACCGGCAAAUUUUCUUUGUUUUACUAUCCUUGUCAGGACUUCUAGUCCCCACAAGAAUAGUAAAACCACACCACUCACAAACAAAGGGAUAUGGAGACAGCUUCUAGCUUGUCCCUCCCUGUUUGUGUUUUCCUGCCUAAUAAACACGACCCAUUAAGUAAAUGCCCUAAUUUAUAUUCAGCUUCUUAGAAACCAUUCUGCAUCUAGCUCCAAUAACAAUGAGAACGGUUUUGUUCAGUAGGGCACAACGUAACAAAACUUCUAACAUCGAAAAUGAAAAUGAUUGGAUGAGUCAAGGUUUUGGUGCCUAAUGAACAUAACUCAGUCAAUGCGCUGAUUUUUAUUCAGCUGAGAACCUACUGUAUCUACUUCCAAUAACAAUAAAAUGGAGUCUUUGUUCCCUAAAAGCUUUCUUGUUAAAGGUUGUGUUGUGUUUAUGGGGAGAGUGAAUUUCUGUGGAAUUAUCCUAUUCAUAUCUGUAUUUCAAUACAAGCAGGCGAGCUAGGGACUGACACUUAAUACAUAUUUGCCUCCUCGUCCAAGUGCUUUGUAAUGGAUGACAGAUGACACUAUUUUCCCAAGAGAUGUCUUCUGUCUGAUGUCAACUCUUUUUAAAGGCCUGGACUCAGGUGCGUGUACUGCCUCAUAGCCACUUUGGCAGCAAUCGGUCCCUUCCCAAUUUGCAGAUCAAUAUGGAUUGCGUCCCAUAUGGCACCCUACUGGGCUCUGGUCAGAAGUAGUGCACUAUGGGGGAUAGGGUGCUAUUUGGGACACAACCAAUGUAUUGCAGUUGCUUGUUGGGCCCUUAGUAUUGUGGAAAAUCUAUGUUCCUUUUUCCUCUGUCAGAGGUCACUGGUGUGGUAUUUCAAUGUUUCUGGAAUCGAAUCGUUAUUAUCUGAUUACGGUAAUUAAUCACUUUGUUCUGCUCCACUGUGUUACAACUUUGUGUUGCUGAUUCAACUUGUUUCUGACUACUAAGAUCAGUUUUCAAUUCCAACCACACAUAAAUUCAGAUUGUCCUUAAGUUUCCUAAAUGAUUAAAGCUGAAUAAUGAACUUAAAACGCUACAAUGUAAUUUUAUGUCACUAAACUGCACCCUUACUUGGGAUUCUUUCUUAUUGUUUGAAAGGGACGUUUCCAGCCAGCACUUUGGGGUCUUACAGUCUUGUGGCCAUAGCUGGAGGUCUCGGUCUCCAGCGGAUAUGUCAGGGCACAAACAUUGUGGAAAGUUCAUAUAGAAAUAUACUGUCUAGAACAAACAUGACAUGUAGAAUAAGGAAUCGCCUACUGCUGAACGUGUUGUUGAGAUGACUGAAUGAGAGAUCACUGGGACCUCUUUUUAUGGAACUAUUUCCCAUGGGCAUCUGAAAGAGAGAAGCAUCAAAUGUAGUUUGUGGGCUCUCUUUCUAGGGCACUGGCGAGAAACAAAGACUGGGAGUAAGAGCGAGUGAGCGAGACAAAGGGACAGAGAGAGACACAGAGAGGGAGAGAGUUGUAGGCAGACAUCCUUACAGAAGACGGAGGUUACACAGCUGGCCCACUGCAGAUCUGCUAGCGCAGCAGUACGGUACAUCAUUAAUUGGACGGCUAACGCUGAUGUCAAGUUUAAAGUCUGGGUAGGAAAUACCUAGGCAUGACAUCUCCCUCUGAUGCUCAGGCACGGUGGUGUUGCUCAGCAUGAGGAGUACUAAUAUUUUAAGGCUGCAACAUCUCUACUUUAGAGAUAUCUCCACUCUCGAAGUACAUGAUGGGCCAGUUUUAGCCUAGUCCUUGGCUAAAAAGCAUGCUCAACAGAGAUUGUUUUUUUUGUCCAGGAGUAGGUGUAAUCUGUGUAAGCCCGUUUCAUGGACACACCAACUCGAAGGGAACAGUUCUUGUUACUUAACAAGUCCUGUACAUAUCCUCUCCUCGGUGCAUUGUGUGUGUGAAGUUCAAUGGUUCAAAGUCUAGAUUAGAGAGCCCUCAUGCAAAUGUCCCUUCCCCUCCAGUAGUUAAAACUUCUCACUCUGCAUCAGUUACCUAUUAUAAUUCGUACCAGGUAGGAGUGGUGCCUUUGCAUUGCAAAAAUUGGCAGGGGUGAUAUGUUAUCUCUGCUUUCAAGAAUUGGCUGUGUGACAACUUUUACAGGGCCCAUGGCAUGCAUGUUGGGCUCAAGGCCCAAUUUUAAAGGGAUAGUUCAGCGAAAUUACAUAUUUAAAUACCGGUAUCUUAAAUGAAUUGUGUUGCUCAAAAAAAUGAAGGGAACACUUAAACAACACAUCCUAGAUCUGAAUGAAUGAAAUAAUCUUAUUAAAUACUUUUUUCUUUACAUAGUUGAAUGUGCUGACAACAAAAUCACACAAAAAUGAUCAAUGGAAAUCAAAUUUAUCAAUCCAUGAAGGUCUGGAUUUGGAGUCACCCUCAAAAUUAAAGUGGAAAGCCACACUACAGGCUGAUCCAACUUUGAUGUAAUGUCCUUAAAACAAGUCAAAAUGAGGCUCAGUAGUGUGUGUGGCCUCCACGUGCCUGUAUGACCUCCCUACAACGCCUGGGCAUGCUCCUGAUGAGGUGGCGGAUGGUCUCUUGAGGGAUCUCCUCCCAGACCUGGACUAAAGCAUCCGCCAACUCCUGGACGGUCUUUGGUGCAACGUGGCGUUAGUGGAUGGAGCGAGACAUGAUGUCCCAGACGUGCUCAAUUGGAUUCAGGUCUGGGGAACGGGCGGGCCAGUCCAUAGCAUCAAUGCCUUCCUCUUGCAGGAACUGCUGACACACUCCAGCCACAUGAGGUCUAGCAUUGUCUUGCAUUAGGAGGAACCCAGGGCCAACCGCACCAGCAUAUGGUCUCACAAGGGGUCUGAGGAUCUCAUCUCGAUACCUAAUUGCAGUCAGGCUACCUCUGGCGAGCACAUGGAGGGCUGUGUGGCCCCCCAAAGAAAUGCCACCCCACACCAUGACUGACCCACCGCCAAACCGGUCAUGCUGGAGGAUGUUGCAGGCAGCAGAACGUUCUCCACGGCGUCUCCAGACUCUGUCACGUCUGUCACGUGCUCAGUGUGAACCUGCUUUCAUCUGUGAAGAGCACAGGGCGCCAGUUGUGAAUUUGCCAAUCUUGGUGUUCUCUGGCAAAUGCCAAACGUCCUGCACGGUGUUGGGCUGUGAGCACAACCCCCACCUGUGGACGUCGGGCCCUCAUACCACCCUCAUGGAGUCUGUUUCUGACCGUUUGAGCAGACACAUGCACAUUUGUGACCUGCUGGAGGUCAUUUUGCAGGGCUCUGGCAGUGCUCCUCCUGCUCCUCCUUGCACAAAGGCGGAGGUAGCGGUCCUGCUGCUGGGUUGUUGCCCUCCUACGGCCUCCUCCACAUCUCCUGAUGUACUGGCCUGUCUCCUGGUAGCGCCUCCAUGCUCUGGACACUACGCUGACAGACACAGCAAACCUUCUUGCCACAGCUCGCAUUGAUGUGCCAUCCUGGAUGAGCUGCACUACCUGAGCCACUUGUGUGGGUUGUAGUCUCUGUCUCAUGCUACCACUAGAGUGAAAGCACCGCCAGCAUUCAAAAGUGACCAAAACAUCAGCCAGGAAGCAUAGGAACUGAGAAGUGGUCUGUGGUCACCACCUGCAGAACCACUUCAUUAUUGGGGGUGUCUUGCUAAUUGCCUAUAAUUUCCACCUGUUGUCUAUUCCAUUUGCACAACAGCAUGUGAAAUGUAUUGUCAAUCAGUGUUGCUUCCUAAGUGGACAGUUUGAUUUCACAGAAGUGUGAUUGACUUGGAGUUACAUUGUGUUGUUUAAGUGUUCCCUUCAUUUUUUUGAGCAGUGUGUAUAUAUAUAUAUAUAUAUAUAUAUAUAUAUAGAUAUAUAUAUAUAUAUAUAUAGAUAGAUAGAUAGAUAGAUAGAUAGAUAGAUAGAUAUAGCCUACUCUGAACAGACUAAUUUGGGGAGCUUUUCGCUCAAAAGAAGGGCAGAGAUGGGGCUGGGCGACGUAUCAAUAGUAAAACCACACCAGUGCCUUGUAAAAGUAUUCAUCCCCUUGGCGUUUUUCCUAUUUUGUUGCAUUACAACCUGUAAUUUAAAUGGAUUUUUAUUUGGAUUUCAUGGAAUGGACAUACACAAAAUAGUCCAAAUUGGUGAAGUGAAAUUUUUAAAAUAACUUGUUUAAAAGAAUGCAAAAAAAUAAAUAACGAAAAAGUGGUGCGUGCAUAUGUAUUCACCCCCUUUGCUAUGAAGCCCCUAAAAUAAGAACUGGUGCAACCAAUUACCUUCAGAAGUCACAUAAUUAGUUAUAUUGCACACAGGUGGACUUUAUUUAAGUGUCACAUGAUCUCAGUAUAUAUACACCUGUUCUGAAAGGCCCCAGAGUGUGCAACACCAGUAAGCAAGGGGCACCACCAAGCAAGCGGCACCAUGAAGACCAAGGAGCUCUCCAAACAGGUCAGGGACAAAGUUGUGGAGAAGUACAGAUCAGGGUUGGGUUAUAAAAAAAUAUCAGAAACUUUGAACAUCCCAUAGAGCACCAUUAAAUCCAUUAUAAAAAAAUGGAAAGAAUAUGGCACCACAACAAACCUGCCAAGAGAGGGCCGCCCACCAAAACUCACAGACCAGGCAAGGAGGACAUUCAUCAGAGCGGCAACAAAGAGACCGAAGAUAACCCUGAAGGAGCUGCAAAGGUCCACAGCGGAGAUUGGAGUAUCUGUCCAUAGGACCACUUUAAGCCGUACACUCCACAGAGCUGGGCUUUACGGAAGAGUGGCUAGAAAAAAUCCAUUGCUUAAAGAAAAAAAUAAGCAAACACGUUUGAUGUUCGCCAAAAGCCAUGUGGGAGACUCCCCAAACAUAUAGAAGAAAACUAAAAUUGAGCUUUUUGGCCAUCAAGGAAAACGCUAUGUCCGGUGCAAACCCAACACCUCUCAUCACCCCGAGAACACCAUCCCCACAGUGAAGCAUGGUGGUGGCAGCAUCAUGCUGUGGGGAUGUUUUUACAUUGGCAGGGACUGGGAAACCGGUCAGAAUUGAAGGAAUGAUGAAUGGCGCUAAAUACAGGGAAAUUCUUGAUGGAAACCUGUUUCAGUUUUCCAGAGAUUUGAGACUAGGGCGGCGGUUCACCUUCCAGCAGUACAAAUACCCUAAGCAUAUUGCUAAAGCAACACUUGAGUGGUUUAAGGGGAAACAUUUGAAUGGCCUAGUCAAAGCCUAGACCUCAAUCCAAUUGAGAAUCUGUGGUAUGACUUAAAGAUUGCUGUACACUAGCGGAACCCAUCCAACUUGAAGGAGCUGGAGCAGUUUUGCCUUGAAGAAUGGGCAAAAAUCCCAGUGGCUAGAUGUGCCAAGUUUAUAGAGACAUACCCCAAGAGACUUGCAGCUGUAAUUGCUGCAAAAGGUGGCUCUACAAAAGUAUUGACUUUGGGGGGGUGAAUAGUUAUGCACGCUCAAGUUUUGGGGGGGAGAAACUCUUACUCUAGUGAAAGGAGGAUAAACCGCACCGAUUCCAGCAAAACAUUUGCCUCUGAAGACUGAGCUGCCUCAUGCUAGCCAUCUGGAAAACAACGACAUAGGACACAUUUUCAAUGUAUUGGUAUGUAGCUAUGUUUUUAUCAAUGGUAAGGAUGUAGCCACUGGAUUCUGGUAGUUUUCACUUGAAAGGAAAAACAAUCACAAUUUGCCGCUGGCACAGCACUGCCUCUCGCCUCAAGCGUUGCCUCAAUCAACGGCACUUGCUAUCUGGGAUACUUGGGAUGUCCCUACCCCCAUUUGAAGUUGGCAUUUUAAAUGGUUACAGUAAAGGUUCAAGUUAGGUAGGGGUUAGGGUUUGGCAUAGGGGCGUCCCUGGCACUUUACUGAGCUGGCAAGCUUCUAUCUACUCCGCAUUCACCGUAGAAGCACUAAUGAUUAGUUCACUCUCCUGUCCAACUGGUGUAGUUGUGUUGGGUGAUAGUGACCAGUAUUGCUGUAGUGCACAAAGGCAAGAUGGGCGCAAGCUUUUUCUCCGCAUCUUAUUUCGGUCCUUUUCGGUGGAUACAAAUGCGUCCGUAAAAGGCCAAUAUCGGCAGAUAAUAUCGGUCAACCGAUAAAUCUGUCAUGCUCUAAGAACCACCCAAAUAUAUGGCUCUGGUACCACCCUGGUUUUGGCUACUGGUAAUGCCCAGGAAUUCCAGGAGAGGAUGCUUGGUGUUGACUGGAACUGAUGGUGAUAAGUGUGACUAGAAUGCUCAACCAGUCAUCAGUGCUGGAAUUAUACGUCAUUGACAGACUGCGAGAGGGCUGAGACCAAGCUUCCUUCCCCUGCCUUUCUGUUUUCUCAAUUCACUUCCUGUCCUCUCAAUUUACUUCCUGUCCUCUGUUGUCUAUGCUGACUCUGCAGUAAUUUAACAAGCUCUGGGCAACUGUCUCAGGGCUUGAACCAGUGGAAAUGUAUAUUGAUUGGAUGGAUCUCUCCUUAAUAAUUUUGUUCAUUAGUGUAGAAAAGGUAGCCUGGUCCCAGAUCUGUUUGUACUCUUAUGGUCGUUGUCAAGGCAAAGAAGUUUGACACACCGCAAAAACAGAGCUGGAACCAGGUACAGGGAGAAACUUAUCGGACCUGUCCUGCAGGUAUGGCACCAGUAUGCAGACUUACCUGUCUAAUCUACAUAGUGCCUUUUGCUCUGCUAAGAGUUAAAAGGAAUAAAUCCUGAAAUCAAGUCAAUCUACAUAAUGUGAAAGGAACAGGUGGAUAUUGUUACCCUGUUUUUUGUUGGCUCACUCUUGGACACUGUAGCUACACCCCUCCCCUUAACCUCUUCCCCCCUCUUACAGUAUGUUUCCGCUGUGGUGUAGGACAGUGUUUAUGAGUCAGCAUAAAAUGGCACCCAAACAAAGAGGAAAUGGAACAUUUUAAAUGGGAACUGAAAAUGACAGAACCAGCCUAACCAGUCAGUGUCCGGGGCUUACAUCACAACAGCAUUUGUACCAGACUGAGUUGGGAGUGUUUGUUUUUCAACUAGAAAGUAUUUUCUUGGAUUGAUAAUAUUUUGGGAUUUUUGGAUAAUGUUUUUGGAUUUUGUAGGGAGAUUCACAGUCUUUAUCUGGAUCCACUAGAAAUCUGGUGUUUUGAAAAAAUGAUUUCCUUUUUACAUACCUCUUGCAUAAUCAAAUCUAUAUCCUGUUACACCAGGGUUUCGCAAACUCUGUCCUCCGGACCUCAAGGUGUGCACAUUUUGGUUUUUGCGCUAGCACUACACAGCUGAUUCAACUAAUUAACUAAUCAUCAAGCUUUGAUCAUUUUGAAUCAGCUGUGUAGUGUUAGGGCAAAAACCAAAGCGUUACACCAUUUGGUCACUGACACUGUGAAAUACACUCAUGAUGACUCAUCAACCAUGUGCUGUCUAACAUGCAAUACUCAGGAUAUUGCCCUGUAUGACCAGAUAUUGUAGUAGGUAGCCUGGUGGGUAGGAGCGUUGGGCCAGUAACCGAAAGGUUGCUGGAUCGAAUCACAGAGCUGACAAGGUAAAGAUCUGUCGUUCUGCCCCUGAGCAAGGCAGUUAACCCACUGUUCCCUGGGCGCCGACGACGUGGAUAUCGAUUUAAGGCAGCCCCCCGCACCACUCUGAUUCAGAGGGGUUGUGUUAAAUGCGGAAGACACAUUUCAGUUGAAUGCAUUCAGUUGUACAACUGACUAGGUUUUCCCCUAGAUUCAUCCUAGAUUCUCUUCUUUCCCAUGCUCCCUUCACAAUGAAUUCUAUGUGGCAUGCAUUAUGAAGAGGGAAGUGUUAUCAUAAUAUAUUACCCUUACAUUAUGGAUGUGUGAUCUCUUCACAUGGGGAAGAAGGAGAGAAGUGCAGCUUCUCUAUGAAUAGCUCAAUGCAGUGGCCUGUGGCACUUACCAAUCUGCCGCAUCACUUUAUAGACCACCUUCGUCACCGUGACGGGAAUAAUUGCUUUUUUAGAAGGGAAUCCUGACUAUAUUGGUAGUUUACAGUUUAGGCGUGCCAAUUGGACUUAUGUUAAUGCAGCCCUCCCCUCUCCAGAGAGCGUGAGCGUUCGGAAGAGUAAACACGGCCUCCGGCUGUUGUUGAUUCUUGGGCCAUGGCUGCAGUGCGUGCGUGCGUGCGUGCGUGUGUGUGUGUGUGUGUGUGUGUGUGUGUGUGUGGCCCUAGGGGAAGGGUUGCAGACCAGACGGCCCUAACGGCACGUUGCAACAGUGACCUUCUGCUCUACAAGGAUGUGUACAGGCUUGUUUCUCAGUGCCGACUGUGCUGCGCUUCUGUUGACAAUUAUGGGAUGUUAAUAGUUUCUUGUGUAAAGACGAGGGCUUCUUCCACCCCUGAUGUAGUUAUCUUCGCAGCCAUAUUGUUGUGCUGCCAUAAAAGGAAAAAUAGAUUUGCUCCUCGGUCAUGUAAAUGCAUACAGUUGAAGUCAGAAGUUUACAUACACCUUAGCCAAAUACAUUUAAACUCAGUUUUUCACAAUUCCUGACAUUUAAUCCAAGUAAAAAUUACCUGUCUUAGGUCAGUUAGGAUCACCACUUUAUUUUAAGUAUGUGAAAUGUCAGAACAAUAGUAGAGAAUUAUUUAUUUCAGCUUUUAUUUCUUUCAUCACAUUCCCAGCGGGUCAGAAGUUUACAUACACUCAAUUAGUAUUUGGUAGCAUUGCCUUUAAAUAGUUUAACUUGGGUCAAACGUUUCGGGUAGCCUUCCACAAGCUUCCCACAAUAAGUUGGGUGAAUUUUGGCCCAUUCCUCCUGUCAGAGCUGGUGUAACUAAGUCAGGUUUGCAGGCCUCCUUGCUUGCACAUGCUUUUUCAGUUCUGCCCUCAAAUGAUCUAUAGGAUUGAGGUCAGGGCUUUGUGAUGGCCACUCCAAUACCUUGACUUUGUUGUCCUUAAGCCAUUUUGCCACAACUUUGGAAGUAUGCUUGGGGUCAUUGUCCAUUUGGAAGACCCAUUUGCAACCAAGCUUUAACUUCGUGACUGAUGUCUUGAGAUAUCCACAUCAUUUUCCUUCCUCAUGAUGCCAUCUAUUUUGUGAAGUGCACCAGUCCCUCCUGCAGCAAAGCACCCCCACAGCAUGAUGCUGCCAACCCUGUGCGUCACGGUUGGGAUGGUGUUCUUCGGCUUGCAGGCUACUCCCUUUUUCCUCCAAACAUAAUGAUGGUCAUUAUGGCCAAACAGUUCUAUUUUUCUUUCAUCAGACCAGAGGACAUUUCUCCAAAAAGUAAGAUCUUUGUCCCCAUGUGCAGUUGCAAACCGUAGUCUGGCUUUUUUAUGGCGGUUUUGGAGCAGUGGCUUCUUCCUUGCUGAGCGGCCUUUCAGGUUAUGUCGAUAUAGGACUCAUUUUACUGUGGCUAUAGAUACAUUUGUACCUGUUUCCUCCAGAACCUUCACAAGGUCCUUUGCUGUUGUUCUGGGAUUGAUUUGCACUUUUCGCACCAAAGUACGUUCCUCUCUAGGAGACAGAACGCGUCUCCUUCCUGAGUGGUAUGACGGCUGCGUGGCCCCAUGGUGUUUAUACUUGCGUACUAUUGUUUGUACAGAUGAACGUGGUACCUUGAGGUGUUUGUAAAUUGCUCUCAAGGAUGAACCAGACUUGUGGAGGUCUACAAUUGUUUUUUCUGAGGUCUUGGCUUAUUUUCUUUUGAUUUUCACAUGAUGUCAAGCAAAGAGGCACUGCGUUUGACGGUAGGCCUUGAAAUACAUCCACAGGUACACCUCCAAUUGACUCAAAUGAUGUCAAUUAGCCUAGCAGAAGCUUCUAAAGCAAUGACAUCAUUUUCUGGAAUUUUCCAAGCUGUUUAAAGGCACAGUCAACUUAGUGUAUGUACAUUUCUGACCCACUGGAAUUGUGAUACAGUGAAAUCUGUCUGUAAACAAUUACUUGUGUCAUGCACAAAGUAGAUGUCCUAACCAACUUGCCAAAACUAUUGUUUGUUAACAAGAAAUGUGUGGAGACUUCAACUGUAUAUAUUUUAUAUCAGAUAAGGAGUAUUAGUUUUGGUAUGAAAUUGAAGGCAAGAAAUUGUCAUUUCCACUUUAUUCAUGAGAAUUUGCAUCAACAUAACUAAACAGAACAAUCACCAUGGCACGAACUAUCCUGCUUUAGCUUAAUGUUUUACGGGUCAAUCACAUUAUAAUCCCUCAGUAUGGAGUAUUAAGAGACAACUUUGUGUGGUGCUUGUGUGUUUGCUGGAAUAUUGCUAUUUAACCUAUGGUCCUCUUGUCACAUCUGCAGGUGUCCAUACCUGGCAAUCCACCUGUCCCCUGCCAUCCCGGUCUUCGCUAUCGUCCUCUUCCUCUUCGUCAUGGCCAUGCUGCUAAGGACCAGCUUCAGUGACCCGGGGGUGUUGCCGCGUGCACUCCCCGAGGAGGCCACCUUCAUCGAGAUGGAAAUCGGUGAGUAGUUGACCCCUAACUGUGUUAUCAUCAUCAUAAUCCACACCCUUGCCUCCCUCAUUCUUCCCUAGGCCCUGUCUAGAAACAAGCCCUAGGCCAGGGUUCCCCAACUGGCCGCCCCCAGCAAAUCAGUUCCAAGUGUUUUUAAUUUUGGAAAUCUGUUCCAAAGUAUUCUCACGCAUAAAAGAGAGAGAUGUGAUUGUAUACAAAUGUAAGCAAGGUUUGACAUGAUUGUUUUAGUCAAAUAUUAUAUCUGUUUGGGCUUCUUGCAGUCAAAUUAUGUUCCGGCACGCUGACCAUCUGCUCAAGAAGAAAUAGGCCCACGGCUGAAUCUAGUUGAUCAUCCCUGCCCUAGGCCAUACCCCCUACAUUUGUAGAUUCGAAAUCCAAACUGGAUCACCGUAGUGUGACACUUCUGUAGUUCUGAAAGAAUUUAAGACUAUGGCAAGCAUUCCAUCUAGCCAAUCAGAGGGCAAGGAGGAGGUACUAUCAUGCUGCUCAUACCUAUCUAAUCCUUUCAGAUGUACAUGAAAUGCCUAAGGGUUAGGGGCUAGCAAGGUCGCUUCCGGACAUGGAACAAAUGUCAACGGGGGGCCGAGGAGGACUGUGGCCCACCACCCGAGGCGAAUUAGGAACCAAGCGAGGUGGAAAGCAUUCUAGGUGCAUGAAUACAACAGACGUGUGUGUCAAGCAGCAGUGUGGAGACCAGAGCCCCGGCCUGUUGUUUAAUUUAUGUUUCUUAUGCUUUAUAUCGCUAAAGGUUUGUCAUCCAUGCUGUUCUGAGCUCAUCCCCUAGUCAGUCACCCCCGCAUUGUUCCCAACUUUUUCUCCAAUCUGAAGUGUACUGUUUCAAGCCUCGGUGUAGUUUGAAUUCAUCAGUUUGGCCCUCCAGCAAAGCAUUGUGACGUUCUCAUUAUCUAGACAACAGUAGCACAUGCAUUAAUUAUGAAGGCACAACCAAAUAGGAGGGUUUUGCAGACAAUCUUCCUAUGUUACCUCGCAUAACCUAGCCAGAUGUGGGUCUGAAUUAACUUGCUGCACUUGCAUGUAAUGGCUUUUGUUUUGAUGACCAUUCCCUUGUGGACUAUCUACAAUUUAGCCAUUCUUUCAGCCAGCCUCUCUUUCCUAUCUAUCUCUUGAGGAAAAAGCCUGUCUGUUAUGCAGUAGCCAUGCCACUGCCCAACCCUCCCUCCCUCCCUCUCUAGCUGUUCAGUGUGCAGCCUCUCUGUCUGGGCAGUGGAAGAUUCAAAUUGCCCUUCAUGCAACCCUGUUCUCUCUCGUUGCGGUCAAGAGGCGUGGGUGGGGGACAGGUAAGAGGUCCUCUCCAGAUGACAGAAGAGGGCUGUAAAUGAUGGCCACUUCUGCAGGUGGUCCACUGGGAGUGCCUGGGCUGGCAGCGCUCCCUUUGUUACGGAUUUGACUCGAGCCUUCCAGUCAGAAAACAAGGAGAUGCAUGCUAACGGCUAUUGGGACGAUAUGCUCCCUUUGUGAUGGCUCAGGCCUUCCAGUCCGACUCCAUAGAGAUACAUGCUAAUGACUGUUGGGCUAACAUGCUAAUGGAUUUGGGAUAACAUUCCCAUGUUUGGCCUAACAAUGGCUGCAAUGGCACUACUUAGAACAGCGAGGCCAUUCAGUUUGUGUGACAUGACCUUGUUUAGCAUAUGGACUAUGUUGAGCCACAGACUAGAGCUGUGUUCGAAUACCCAUACUAACAUAGUGUAUACUACAUACUUAAUGAGUAUAUACUACAUACUAUAUACGAUUAGUUCAUUUUAGUAUACUGUAAACAAACUGUAUCGUUUCAGUUGAGCGUACUAGAGCUUCGCCUGUCUACCGGAAGUUGAUGCUGUUGCUAUGCAACCUCUUGCUAGCUUGUUAGCGUCACAAAUGACUAGCUAAACAUUUUACGAUUUCGGCUGUGUUAGUAAAUUCAAUCUGGAGUGCCAGAGUGCACUCUGGGCAUUCGUAAUUUCAGAGCGUUGUCAGAUUGUCCGUUUUGUAAAUUCAGAGCGCACACUGGACGCUCUGGCCGAGGAGUAGGGUUGAUCCGAGCGUUCAACGGCAGUCAAGCACCCAAGCUAACUGGUUAACUUUGGCUAGCUACUUCCAUACACAAAUGAGAGAACACCUCACUCUGACCAUUUUACUCGCCCUAGCAGAGCUGGUUAGGCUGUUUUCAUGUUAUCCAGAGCGUUGGUAACUGUAACUGUGCUGCUGGCAACAAUUUAAUUAUGCAUUUUUUUGCCAACUUUUACUGACACUGGCCAUGUUCAACAGGUGUUAAGCGUUUGUAAAUUGAUCAGUUAUUCUGCGCGAGAGUGCUCUGAAAUUGGAGUAGAUAGCCAGAAUGAACAAUGUCCAUUGAUACGCACAACGACUAUACCACUUCACUAAGAAUGAUGUGAAUAAUCAAGUCAAUAAACGUUGGGUAGUUAGAUAGCAGAUAGUUAAUAUACUGCCUGGCAAGUUCGCUGUAUUAGUAGCCAACUGACGUUAGGUAACUAGCUGUUCAUACCGGUACAUACUGCUGUAAUACUAUGCGGUUCGUAAGGAUAGCAUAGCUAACAAAUUGUCAGCCAACAUAACGUGUAACUUAUUUGAAAAGUAAUUACUUUAUUACAUUGCUCAACAUUUGUCAUAAUUAGUUAAAGCAAUGAAUUUGUAUCCGCUCUCGUCGGACAUCGGCUGCAUAUUUACCGCCAAAUCUGAAAACGUUGUGAAGCCACACCUAUUUUCUGAAGAAUUGCAUUUUGGGCCCUAAAAGCACGGAAAUAGUGUCCACUGCAUGUAUACUUCUUAUUUUGGCGAAUUUAGUAUGACAUCCAGGAACUUUUGGCAUACUAACUAUAGCCAUACUGUGACCAAUAAGCAUACUAUAUACUCAAUUCACGUCACAAAUAGUAAGGUUAGUGUGGUUAGUAUGGUUAGUAUGAGUAUUCGAACACAGCUUGUGUUUGGUAGCAUGCAUCGAUCCUUCCCUGAUAACAGAUUUUUCACUCCUCCCAAACUUGUCUUCCUCAUCGUAAACUAGUACAGAGCCCACACACAUACCACGCCUUCGCAAAAAAUGACGAGAUAAAUCGCUCAAAUGACAAAAACAAAUCACAUCCUCAUCAAGCUGUACAAACAUGUUUGUACAAGAAAAAUUAACUACCACAUUCAAUUAAUCUUGCCUUUAACAAAUACAAUAAAAUGUUAUUUGUCACAUGCACUGAAACAGGUGUAGACUUUACUGUGAAAUGCUUACUUAUGAGUCCUUUCCCAACAAUGCAGAGUUAAAAAGUAAGAAGAAUUUGGACACAAUAAAACAAUAAUGGGGCUACGUUUCCAUGCACAAUAAUAAUUAAAUAUUAAACUGAUUGUGGCAGUAGGCAGACUAUGGAAAUAGUCAUGUCGCUCUGGAUAAGAGCGUCUGCUAAAUGACGUAAAUGUAAAUGUAAAUGUAAAAACCUUACCCUGCCUAUCUUAAUCAUGAAGUAAACGUACGCUGAUUAAAACACCUGGUUUUCUGAGCAAUCUUUCGAAUUAUUAGGACAUGUAAACAGCUUAAUCGGCGUUCCAGCAUUGUAUUUGAUCUGUGCAUGUGCCAUAAACAGCAGCGCAAGCCUCCCUCUUAUGCGCGAGUGAAGUGAUUUCGGAAAAACUGAAAGUAUUCAUCUUAUAAGUAGUUUUCACAUACAAACUUUAUAUGUCCGAACUCAGAAUCAAAUGGACUUAGCAAAAAUAACAUGGUCACUGUGGUAGAAUGUUUAUUUUCUUUGGCGAUUUUCUGCAUUUAUCAAAAGUCCCAUAAAGUAGCCUCAUUUGAUGUGUCCAUGUAAACAGGAUUAUUAGGGAAAUUGUUCUUCUUGCAAAGCAUGUAAAUGUUUUAAACUAUUGCAUUAAUCGGACAAUCCACCAUAAUCGUAUUAUUAUUGUGUGCAUGUAACUGUACUCACUGAGUGUACAAAACAUUAGGAACACCUUCCUAAUAUUGAGUUGCACCCCCUUUUACCCUCAGAACAGCCUCAAUUUGUCGAGGCAUGGACUCUACAAGGUGUCGAAAGCGUUCCACAGGGAUGCUGGCCCAUGUUGACUCCAAUGCUUUCCACAGUUGUGUCAAGUUGGCUGUAAGGCCUUUGGGUGGUGGGCCAUUCUUGAUACACACGGGAAACUGUUGAGCGUUGAAAAACCCAGCAGCAUUGCAGUUCUUGACACAAAUCGGUGUCCCUGGCACCUACUACCAUACUCCGUUCAAAGGCACUUAAAGCUUUUGUCUUGCCCAUUCACCCUCUGAGUGGCACACAUACACAAUCGAUGUCUCAAUUGUCUCGAGGCUAAAAAGUCCUUCUUUAACCAGUCUCCUCCCCUUCAUCUACACUGAUUUGAAGUGGAUUUAACAAUUUACAUCAAUAAGGGAUCAUAGCUUUCACCUGGUCAGUCUGUCAUGGAAAGAGCAGGUGUUCCUAAUGUUUUGUACACUCAGUGUACAAGGAGUACCGGUACCGCGUCAAUGUGAAGGGGUAUGAGGUAGUUGAGGUAAUAUGUACAUGUAGGUAGGGGUAAAAGUGACUAGGCAAUCAGGAUGGAUAACAGAGUAGUAGCAGCAGCGUGUGUGUGGUGUCAAUAUGUGUGUGUGUGAGCAUGUGUGUGUGUGUGUGUGUGUGUGUGUGUGUUGGAGUGUCAGUGUAGUGUGUGGGUGGAGAAUUGUGAUAGUGAAAUAAUCUGUCUGUAAACAAUUGUUGGAAAAAUUACUUGUCAUGCACAAAGUAGAUGUCCUAACCAACUUGCCAAAACGAUAGUUUGUUAACAAGAAAUGUGUGGAGUGGUUGAAAAACUAGUUUUAAUGACUCCAACCUAAGUGUAUGUAAACUUCCGACUUCAACUGUAUGUAAGGCAACUGAGCCAUUAUUCAGUAAUGUUAUUCCAUUUAUUAAAAUGAAACUUAAAGGAAAGGUUCACCCAUUUUGAAAAUAAUAUUGUUUUUGUGCAUCUCUGAGUUAUGUUCUAUCGAUUUCCUGGGUCAUUUCAUGUUUUCAUGUUUAUCUGAGUUAUUGACAUAGCACCGUGAUAAAGUCUCUCACACUACACUGGAAGUUAAUAGGAAUACGACUUUAAGAUCGCGAAAACGUCUAUCAUACAUGUCAGAUUUAAAUACUGGCCGAUUUCAUAACUUGGGAGCAUGUCUUCUCUCGAAUGAGCAAUUGAUCAUAUUUUUUUUAUAUUCCUACCUCGAGAAAUUUGUAAUUUAACGGAGGGUAUAGCACAUUUUUCCUAUUUGUCUGCCUCUUUAGUCCAGUGCGCUUUGCAUGGUCCAGUGCGCUUUGCAUGGUGCCGUUACUGGAGAUAUUAUAGAACGGAGAUAGGAAUCCAAUGAACUAAGAAAUGUUUAACGCGCCACCUAGCAGACUGUCGACCAAUCGCGUUCACGUUGUAAUGCUGCGUCACGCGGUUGCUAAACUAAUCGUCACGCAAUCCCUUCUCAAAGUCAGUGAAUAUGUCGAGAAACGUGCCUAUUUUUCUCGAAAGUACGGAAUGUCACGAUUCCAAAGCUAUACGAUACUACAGAUGGCAAGUUAAUUAUUCCACAUCUUGGAAAAUAUUUGUAAUGUUUUGACGAAAUUCGUGCUAAUGUUGGGUUUUUGAGCUAGCGCCCAAUAGACUCCCAUUGCAGGAAAGCGCUCCUUGUCCCAUAAUCGUCCAGAAUGAACCGAGCGGACCAUUGACGUAGCAUGGCAACGUUUCCUCAAAAGUAUAUAUGCCGUUGCGAAUGUUAGACUCAACUCUGUGAGGCACAUCGAUCUGCAGGUUGAACAUGGUGAGAUUGUAGAUUCCUAAAUUGAUAGUGCAGUUUGUUUAGGCGAUUUUAUAGCGAACUAGCUAUGUUACAUGCUGAUAUUGUCUUUGGUAUUACUGCGUGUACCUAGCUAGCCAGCCCAUAGAAGAGAGCAUUGCAUUGUGGAAUUUGUAGUCGACUUGAGCUGCAACAGAUUUCCACAGCGAUUUCCCAUGUUGCUACCAACUUUAUAACCCCACAAUGAAACAUGUGUUCACAAAAAAAUGUAUUCUCACAUAUUUGUGUUAUUUAACACUGUACAUUGAAAGGAAUAAGUGGUUUUGGGUGGAUUUUUCCAUUAAGCGAUUAAUGUUACUGUAAACAGGACUACAUACCUGACACAGCAAGACACAUCGUCCCAGGUCCGGGCUAAUAAAUAACAAUAACAGCCCUGUUAUGAUAAAACAUAAUGGUAAAUAACUGACCGGCGUGUGUGGAACAUUGGGCUGAAGCGACAGUGUCAUUCACUGACAUUCUCUAGGUUCAACGAUUCGCAUUUGUGUUCUUCCAAAGCCCUUCAUUUUUAACUGCCAUUAUGGCUCGAAACUCAUGGCUUCACUGUGUAGAUAUUCAACCCAAUUGGAACCUCGGCUUCCACCGGCUUUGAAUACAAUACUUUGAAGUGUGGCAAUGGCGCUAGCAACAGGCAAUGCAAUAUUCUCAGAAUGUAUGCUCUACUUUAUGAUUAUGUGUGUGGUAGAGGCACUCUGGGUCAAUUGUUUAAGUUCUGGUUAAGUCUGGUAUAUUUAGUUGACCUAAAAUGUAAUUUGCGUGUGGUCGAUCUAUGACUCACAACUUGUUAAAUGCUGAUCAUCAUCCCAUGGUUAAGACAUGUCUGAAGCCAAAUUAUCAUUAUUAUUGGUUAAAGGGCAAUUUAGGCUUAACCUGUAUAUGUGAAACUUGCACUACACAGUAUGAAAAUGAAUAGAUAUGACUCCAUUGUUAACUAUGAGUAUAAUCCCAAAUGGCCACCUUUUGCUGUCUCAGAGGCGGCUAAUGGGAAUGUCCCGGCUGGGCAGCGGCCUCCACCUCGGAUCCGCAACGUCCAAAUCAACGGGCAGAUUGUCAAACUGAAGUAUUGCUACACCUGCAAGAUCUUCCGACCGCCUCGCGCCUCACACUGCAGUAUCUGUGACAACUGCGUGGGUAAGAGAGAGCAUUCUUCUACCUUCAGUCAAUUCAUUUUUUUUUUUUGUUAUCAUGAAAGAAGACUCAGUCUGAAAAUAACAUACACAUUUUUACACUUCAAUUCACUCAGUGACUGGGUAUUGUGAGAAAAGUAGCUUUUUUUAUCAGCAUGUGAAGGACACAUUCUGCUGAUGCAAGUUUUUAUUUGUUUGCUCAAGCCUUGACCUUACCUUCAUUUAUUUGUCAGUGUUUUAGAACAUUUUAUUGGAAAGAGUUUUAAUCUAAAGUUAUUUUGAUAAGUUCUAUAUCCUGAGAUGCUUGUGAUGGACAUUUGAUAGCUGAAUGGGUUUCCAGUGGGAAUUUGGAAUGCUGGCAUAUUUAUUAUUUCUUCCCCAGUUCUCUACAAAGCACUCUUUGGAAUGUUGCUUGAGGAUAGUGGUCCUCUGUAGCUCAGCUGGUAGAGCACGGCGCUUGUAAUUCCAAGGUAGUGGGUUCGAUCCCCGGGACCACCCAUACACACAAAAAAUGUAUGCAAGCAUGACUGUAAGUCGCUUUGGAUAAAAGCGUCUGCUAAAUGGCAUAUUAUUAUAUUAUAUUAUAUAGUUUCUCAUGUGUGUGCAUGAACAUGUCAAACUCUGCAGAAUAACAGUAAUUUGGCUAGUUGUGAUUGAACCAUGCCUUUGGCCUUUAAAGAUCGGUUAUUGUCUAUUGUGUUUGUUUAUCCAUCUUUGCACAGGUGUUGGACAAAACAAAAGACAUUACCUCUUCUUCAGUGCAAUCAAGUCUGUUGCAGUAUUUUAAUGAAUACAAACAGACCUUUUUCACAUAUUUGAGUAAAACUAGUGGGCGUGGUUAAUAGCUGGAAUGAAGGUGUUUUCCAUGAACCUGCCCUGUGUGUUGUGCCAUACAGGAUUUAGGAGUUGAUUAUAUACACUGGGCUCCUUUUUAUAUACAGUACAUCAACAGAUCAUAUUUAUGAUGGUUUUUCCUCAUUCCUGAUAUGCUCCAAUGCAGAAGUGCCCCACCUGCAUGCUGUCAUCAUAUAUCUUUUCAUGUGUACGUGUUGUCUGCCACAGGAAAAGUGUUAAGCAAGAUGUUUUUCCUCUGUAAAGCUAUCUGACCCUGGAUAGCUUCACUCUGGCUCUGGUCCAAGUGUAAUGAGGAAACGGUGGUCACUAUAUUUAGAUCAGAGAAAGGGGAGUUAUAGGGAAAUGGCUCUUAGUUCCUGUCAAAACGGUGUGUUUGUCUUUGGGGAAUAGUGACCUAUUGUAGCAGAAGACAUUGGCUAAUGGCUAUUUGACCUUUGUUGAACUAGGUUGUUAUUGUCCGAAGUUUAAAGCCUUUAACCAGCAGAACUUUGGGGAAGGGUCUAUUCUACGCACUCUUUUGCAUCUCAAAGUUAAAUUGAACCAAGUUUGUUUUUGUGUCUGUUGGAACAUGUGCAUUUGAUCCCGUGGCCACAGAACCUCUUCCCUCUCCUCUCCAUCUUUGACCUCAUCCUUCUCCUCUUUUCCACAGAUCGUUUUGACCAUCACUGCCCCUGGGUGGGCAACUGUGUGGGCAAGAGGAACUACCGCUACUUCUAUCUGUUCACUCUGUCCCUGUCCCUGCUUACCAUCUACAUCUUCACCUUCGGCAUCGUACACGUGGUGAUGCGUGAGUACUGUUGUUCCUUCAUAGUUUCGCUACAUAUGUGUCACUGUCAAGACCAGAGCAUAGUAUAAUAACAAAAGCAAAUGUAGAUUUAGGUCAGUUUCAGACUGACAGUACUUCAAGACGGUGUUUACAGAUUGGUCGAUAGGAAAUUCACAGGUGUGCGGGAAACCGUCACUCUUGACUUGACAGUUGAGAGAAUGUAAUCGAUCUGGAAGGGUGAGUGAGUGAUGCGGACUAAAUAUGAUGAAACAGAGACCUAGUUCAGCUGAGGCUUGACCGGAGCAUGAAGGGACAUGCAACAGUAACUGCCUGGAUGACAUGCACAUACUCACACUCACACACUUCCCUUUGAUUUGUUCCUAUAUGUGGGACUUUACAGACAGCGAGAUGGCAGGGAAAGGGGCAGAGCAUUUACAGUCAGGAUAAUUGGCUCCAGGCUUGUGAUCUUAAUUCAAGCAGCAGCCAGCGCACUGUCAAUGUCAUUCCUAAUUUUAAUUAAUUGUUUAUUUUUUUAAUGUUGGAGUGAGUGAGGGGAAUAUUUCAGUGUAAGUCUUGGAGCUUAUUAGGAGUGUGUGUGUGUGUGUGUGUGUGUGUGCACACGCUCUUAUACAGUGCAUUCGGAAAGUAUUCAGACCCCUUGACUUUUUCCACAUUUUGUUACGUUACAGCCUUAUUCUAAAAUUGAUUAAAUAAAUACAAAUUCUCUGCAAUCUAUACACAAUGUGCAUAAUCACAAAGCGAAAACAGGUUAAAAAAAUGUUUUUUUUAUAUAUAUAAAUAUACACAGAAAUACCUUAUUUACAUACGUAUUCAGACCUUUUGCUAUGAGACUCCAAAUUGAGCUCAGGUGCAUCCUGUUUAUAUUUAUCAUCCUUGAGAUGUUUCUACAACUUGAUUGGAGUCCACCUGUGGUAAAUUCAAUUGACUGGACAUGAUUUGGAAAGGCAAACACCGGUCAAUAAAAAGGUCCCACAGUUGACAGUGCGUGUCAGAGCAAAAACCAAGCCAUGAGAUCGAAGGAAUUGUCCGUAGAGCUCCGAGACAGGAUUGUUUUCCUCUUUGUAAUACAUUUGCAAAAAAUUUCAGAAAACUCGUUUUUGCUUUGUCAUUAUGGGGUAUUGUGUGUAGAUUAAUGAGUUUUUUUGUUUGUUUUUUUAAUCCAUUUUAAAAUAAGGCUGUAACGUAACAAAAUGUGGAAAAAGUCAAGGGGUCUGAAUACUUUCCGAAUGCACUGUAUGUGCUCCACAGAACCUUUAACUAUGUGCUCUACAGGCUCGGUGGACUCCGGGUUUGUGAAGACACUGCAGGACACACCUGGGACAUAUCCUUUCAGUUCCACAUAAAUCCCAUCUGUUUAUUGACCCUUAGGGCCACUGUAGUUUACUUUUAAACCUAAAAGAAACAGACAUUCAUAAUAAUCAUACCAUACAGACAUAUCUUUGUUUUUAUUGAGCCAAAUCAAGUUAAAUUGAGUUAUAACCUGAAUCGUCACUGGUGCAUUUAACAUCAAAGGCGAUAAUUAAUCAGUAGUGAUUGCAGUAACCUCAUGUUCGACAAAGACCUAUCCUUGACAGGUGGACUUUGAGAGCUUGUAAUACUGUUAAUUUAUCUGUGCUGUUUCCUUAACCUGAUGAUCCCACUGUGCUGGAAGUGCUGGUGUGCUUCUUCACCUUGUGGUCAGUAGUGGGACUGACAGGCUUCCAUUCUUAUCUUAUCUCCCUCAACCAGACCACCAAUGAGGAUGUGAGUAUAUCUAUUCUCUACCAUUCACUACUCCUACUACAGGGGCUGUGUCUCAACAGUUUAAACUGACUUCCUCUCCUCUUUUAUCCAGCACUGGUGAUUAUGGAGAUAUGGAAGGACAUUUUAGAUUGACACAGCUGGUAGUCUCGGAAAACCCAGACCUAGGGCAACAGCACUCAGUCUGGGAAUCAUGAGGGAUUCUCUUGGUAACUUCGAAAAGGGGAAAAAUACAUCCGGGAAGAGUCCUCCUCAGACAGACAACUCUCCCAACAAAUCAUGAGUUUGGGUAGGCGGGGUUUAAAAUGCAGACAGGAAUUGUGCUCGUGAAAAAGUCUUACCAUAGCCUGUAGGCAGACAUGCCAGAACGUCACUAUUUGAAAACAACGUUUGCAGGUAAAACCUUUGCAGUAGUUUUAUUAAAGGUUGAUGCAAACUAUCCACUUGCUAAAUGCACUUAUUCAAGAUACUAUUUUGUGUCUGGGGGAUGUUUACGCUAGGGCAACAAGCGGAUAAGGCAGUGACGUAAGAAAGCCGGAUGUCCCAACUCUGACCUUUCCUCUAUGCCAAACUGACGUUGUCUAAGUACAGGCGUGCAUGCUGCAACAUUGGUACAUUGUAGGAGGCAACCCGUCUGUGUAGAGACUACACAGCCCGGACUCGAGUUAAAGUUUUUACAUUACCACAGGUCUGGGAUCAGAUUAACCCUACCGCUAAUCCUAACCUUAACCAUAAUGCAAUAAGAUCUGACCCUGUGUCAGUUGUAGGGAGCUGCUUCACUCCAGGGUUCUGUUUAUAUGCUAAAAGUGGAGUGCUAACAUGGCAUGGCUUCACGUGGCUGGAAAGAUAAAUACACACUCAUGUGUGUGGUGUAAACACUCAAGUUCUACCACCAGUCAGCUGUCACCUUGGAAACCACACACACUUUUUUUUCUUUGCAGCCUUAGGAACUUAAAGGCUGGAAUUCAAUCAAAUCCACCAUGGCAAUAUUUCCUCAGUGUCUUUGUUUUCAAAUGCACACACAGACGACUUAUUCUGAUAAGUGAAUGCAAGGCUGUGAGUGACAUCUACCUGUACUAGUCGUAGGUUUUUAUACAGUACCUAAGACCAGUGUGUGAUUUUUAUAUAACCAUGGGGAAAAAGCUUUACUGCGUAAAUAUGGCAAUGCAGAAGUGAUUUAAUUCAAAGUUCAAGUUUGAUUAAUAACUACAUAGCAGUCUGACAUUCAAAUCCAUGGGUAUUACAUAAACAAUAAAUCAUGAACAAGUUUUCAAAAGCGUAUUGAAUAGUGAGGGCAAUUCCAUAGUAACAAAAUGACAAAACCAUUAAACAAACCGUACAACUGCACAAGGACCACUUUCAACCAUUUCCAGUGAAAAUUUUACAAAAACACAUUUACUUGAAGAACAGUGCAGAUAUAAAGUUUUGUAACAGAAUGAUUGUAAAAGUCUCCCUCAGUUUGUGACCAAGUUUUCCAAAAACUCUGUUAAAUAUCUACUCUGAAUUAAGAUUCAAAGAUGUCUGCAGAAAGAAUGGGACGUAAAGCUAUGAUAUGACACCUUGAGUUUGAAAAAAUCUAUUUUGGUUAUUGAACUACAGUAUGUGAAGUGGAUUAACACCUGAUAACAGAAUGACUGUAACCGAAUAGGUCCUGAUCUGUACUAUACAGAAAUGCAUCAUUAUGGAUAUGCGAUGUAUUCAUUGAUGUAUCCAAAUUAAGGUACACAAAGGUACAAAAAUGUAAUUUCCUCCUUUGCAUGUUUGGGUAUUAUUCGACACAUUAGCUAUUAAUAAGUUACCCCCCCCCCCCCCCCCCCCCCCCCUCCACCACCAAAUUUAGGACCAAAUCUAAACCAAUAAUAAAUGUCUCUUUCACAAGUUUGGACAUCACAGUAGAGCACAGUACAUUAUACUGUACUCUAGUGUGCUCUACUGUACUGUACAGUACUAUGUUGUACUGAUCUCUACUUUUCUUUACUGUACUAAACAAAACUUCCGAGGACGUCCAGUGUCGGUCAGCGCUCGGUGGUUGAGGACGCUGGUUGUAUGAAAUAGAAACCAAGGGGACUCAUGUAUAGGUGUCAGUAAGAGGUGACCUAACUGUAGAGAGAAGGAGACAGGCAGAGAGACUGGGAGGGCUUGUUCAGACUGUUUUCACAAUUAUGAGCUAAACAUUACAGUAAGCCAGUGGAAGGGAGGACAGUAGCAGGUGACCCAACUUUUUAACAUAAUUUCCCAUUUUAGCCAAUUCAAUUGCAGUCAUUCUGUUACUGAGUUUUCGGUCAUUCAGUCACAGAUUUUGUAACAGUGACACGUUUUAAUCACUUAAUAAAUCAUAAACAAAAUUGUUAUCAGUAAAAACACUAAAUAAUUGGUAGGUCUACCUUUUUAGUUGUUACUUCAUUAUUCUCUCCCCUCAUGUAACAGAAUGACACAAGGCAAUAUUGAUAUUAGUUGGCAAUGGUCUUAACUUCAACAAUAUUGUGGUUUGAUGUAUUUCUAAUUACUUUUAAGACUUUUUCUGGUAGAUGUUUUCUAAGACUCCUUUUCUAUCUGUUUGACCAGAAAUCAAAGACUUUGAUUAUUCCUAAUUUUAGGAUGUAAAAUGGUUGAACAAAAAGUGUAUAUAUGCCUUCAUUUAAAAGAAAAAAUACACUCGUAGCUUUCAUUUGACACCAAAUUUGAUGUGCUCUUAUGAACUUCACGUUGGUGUUCGCAGCCAAAAGUACGCAUGUGGGGUAGGUGCGCGUGCGGUGUGGAGGGCACCUUCAGAUCUAUGGUUGGGCUGGGGUGUAUUCAUUACGCCGAUUCUGUUGCAAAACGUUUCUUAAACUAAAGUAAAUGGAAUGGGAGGGACCUAACUGAAUUUGUCCUAUAUAUAUAUAUUUUUUUUUUUUUUUUUGCAACUGUUUGGAUUUAUGAUUACACCCCUGGUCUCUCUAGGGAUAACAUAUGCUGCAUCCUUUGUCUCCCUUAGCAAGAUAACAUGUGAUCACAUAAAACACUGGGACAUUUGAAUGUUAAGUGCAAGUACUCGAUACAUCAGGAUCCGGAUGCAUACACAUAGCCUUAGACUUAGGUUUGUGUCCCAAAUGGCACCCUAUUCCCUACAUAGUGCACUACUUUUGACCAAGGGCCCAUAGGGCUAUAUAGGGAUGCAUCUUUAGAAAUCGUAUGCAGCUGGUCCCAGGGCUGGCCCUUGAUCUUCACUGAGUUGACAAAACAUUAAGGACACCUGCUCUUUCCAUGACAGACUGACCAGGUGAAUCCAGGUGAAGACUAUGAUCCCUUAUCGAUGUCACCUGUUAAAUCCACUUCAAUCAGUGUAGAUGAAGGGGAGGAGACAGGUUAAAGAAGGAUUUUUAAGCAUUGAGACAAUUCAGCCAUCAAUCAAUCAGGUGUAUUUAUAAAGCCCUUUUUCCGUAAGCAGAUGUCACAAAGUGCUUCUACAGAAACCAGCCUAAAACCCCAAACAGCAAGCAAUGCAGAUGUAGAAGCACGGUGGCUAGGAAAAAAUCCUUAAAAAGGCAGGAACCUAUGAAGAAACCUUCAGAGGAACCAGGCUCUGAGGGGUGGCCAGUCAUCUUCUGGCUGUGCCGGGUGGAGAUUAUAUGAGUACAUGGCCAUUAAGGCCAGAUUGUUCUUCAAGACAUGGAUUGUGUAUGUGUGCCGUUCAAAGGGGGAAAUGGGCAAGACAAAAGAUUGAAGUGCCUUUGAACGGGGUAUGGUAAUAGGCAAGAACUGCAACGCUGCUGGGUUUUUUAUGUUCAACAGUUUCCCGUGUGUAUCAAUAAUGGUCCACCACCCAAAGGACAUCCAGCCAACUUGACACAACUGUGGGAAGCAUUGGAGUAAACAUGGGCCAGCAUCCCUGUGGAAAGCUUUCGACACCUUGUAGAGUCCAUGCCCCGACGAAUUGAGGCUGUUCUGAGGGCAAAAGGAGGGGGUGCAACUCAAUAUUAGGAAGGUAUUUUUAUUGUUUUGUACAUUUAGUGUAUAUCUCAGAGGUCUAACCUCCUGAAAGGAGCUGUCUAGUAUAUUUCUGAACACCCCGAAGGAUUUCUGUUUCCAUUACAUUCACCAGCAGGUAGGGUUGCAAAGGGAGGGUAUAUUACUGGAAACCUAAGUUUACCAGUAAACAACCAGAAUUUUGGUAACGUUCAAGGUUUUUGGGGGAAUUUUAUCAGAUGACAUCAAGUGGCGUAUUUGGGUACUUCAGAUUAUCACAGGUGUCUUUAAUUAUCUCUGGCCCUCUGUGUGGCCUUAUCACCUGUAAAAUAUAGAAAAUAAUCAAAUAAGAUUAUUUAAAAAUGAAAAAUAUAAUGACAAAGCUGUAAAACAUCAUCCUAAAUAUAAACCAUUUUAUUUUACUAUGUCUAUAGGUCUAUGUUGUAAAUGUUUUGGUGCCAAACUGGUGGCAGUUGUGAAAAAAGUCAAUAGCUGGUUUACCUGUGACAAUAUGCCCUGUAUACAUACAUGCAUACAUACAUACAUAUUAACAUACCUAUGUUAUACUUUUACCAGGAAUUGUUCAAUCCCUCACCCUGUGGGAUUACAAUCUAAAAAUGGAACCGUACUUUUGAAUAAGGUAUAAGACCAGGGAAAUUAUUUUUGCAGGGGGAGGCAAUACUGAAUUUACCCUCUUUUUUUUAUGGUAACCAGACAGGCAGUGUCGGAGAUCUAUCUGUAAGGGCGUCGCGUUUGGCGGAAGCAGGGUUGGGGUCAAUUCCAUUCCAAUUCAGUCAAUUACAGAACUGAAAUUACAAUUACAAUGUUCCUUGCUACAGUGCCUUCAGAAAGUAUUCACACCCCUUGCCUUUUUCCACAUUUUGUUCUAGCCUGAAUUUAAAAUGGAUUAAAUUGAGAUUUUGUGCCACUGCUCUACACACAAUACCCCACAAUGUCAAAGUGGAUUUAGUUUUUAGAAAUCUUUACAUACAGUGAGGGGGAAAAAGUAUUUGAUCCCCUGCUGAUUUUGUAUGUUUGCCCACUGACAAAGACAUGAUCAGUCUAUAAUUUUAAUGGUAGGUUUAUUUGAACAGAGAGAGACAGAAUAACAACAACAAAAACCAGAAAAACGCAUAUUAAAAAUGUUAUGAAUUGAUUUGCAUUUUAAUGAGGGAAAUAAGUAUUUGACCCCUCUGCAAAACAUGACUUAGUACUUGGUGGCAAAACCCUUGUUGGCAAUCAGAGGUCAGACGUUUCUUAUAGUUGGCCACCAGGUUUGCACACAUCUCAGGAGGGGUUUUGUUCCACUCCUCUUUGCAGAUCUUCUCCAAGUCAUUAAGGUUUUGAGGCUGACGUUUGGCAACUCGAACCUUCAGCUCCCUCCACAGAUUUUCUGUGCCCUGGCUGAGGGAAGGAGGUUCUCACCCAAGAUUUGACGGUACAUGGCCCCGUCCAUCAUCCCUUUGAUGCGAUGAAGUUGUCCUGUCCCCUUAGCAGAAAAACACCCCCAAAGCAUAAUGUUUCCACCUCCAUGUUUGACGGUGGGGAUGGUGUUCUUUGGGUCAUAGGCAGCAUUCCUCCUCCUCCAAACAUGGUCAAUUGAGUUGAUGGCAAAGAGCUCGAUUUUGGUCUCAUCUGACCACAACACUUUCACCCAGUUCUCCUCUGAAUCAUUCAGAUGUUCAUUGGCAAACUUCAGACGGCCCUGUAUAUGUGCUUUCUUGAGCAGGGGGACCUUGCGGGCGCUGCAGGAUUUCAGUCCUUCACGGCGUAAUGUGUUACCAAUUGUUUUCUUGGUGACUAUGGUCCCAGCUGCCUUGAGAUCAUUGACAAGAUCCUCUUGUGUAGUUCUGGGCUGAUUCUUCACCAUUCUCAUGAUCAUUGCAACUCCACGAGGUGAGAUCUUGCAUGGAGCCCCAGGCAGAGGGAGAUUAACAAUUAUUUUGUGUUUCUUCCAUUUGCGAAUAAUCGCACCAACUGUUGUCACCUUCUCACCAAGCUGCUUGGCGAUGGUCUUGUAGCCCAUUCCAGCCUUGUGUAGGUCUACAAUCUUGUCCCUGACAUCCUUGGAGAGCUCUUUGGUCUUGGCCAUGGUGAAGAGUUUGGAAUCUGAUUGAUUGAUUGCUUCUGUGGACAGGUGUCUUUUAUACAGGUAACAAACUGAGAUUAUGAGCACUCCCUUUAAGAGUGUGCUCCUAAUCUCAGCUAGUUACCUGUAUAAAGGACACCUGGGAGCCAGAAAUCUUUCUGAUUGAGAGGGGGUCAAAUACUUAUUUCCCUCAUUAAAAUGCAAAUCAAUUUAUAACAUUUUUGACAUGUGUUUUUCUGGAUUUUUUUGUUGUUAUUCUGUCUCUCACUGUUCAAUAAACCUACCAUUAAAAUUAUAGACUGAUCAUUUCUUUGUCAGUGGGCAAAUGUACAAAAUCAGCAGGGGAUCAAAUACUUUUUUCCCUCACUGUAUUCAUAAAAAAUAUUAAACUGAAAUGUCUUGAGUCAAUAAGUAUUCAGCCCCUUUCUUAUGGCAAGCCUAAAUACAUUCAGGAGUAAAAAUGUGCUUUACAAGUCUCAUACUAACUUGCAUGCACUCACUGUGUGCAAUAAUAAUGGUUAACAUUAUUAUUUUUAAUGAUUACCCCAUCUCUGUACCCUACACAUACAAUUAUCUGUAAGGUCCACCACUAGAGUAGUGAAUUUCAAGCACAAAGACCAGGGGGGUUUUCCAAUGCCUCACAAAGAAGGGCACCUAUUGGUAAAGGAGACACUGAAUAUCCCUUUGAGCAUGGUGAAGCUAUUCAUUAUGCUUUGGAUGGUGUAUCAAUACACCCAAUCACAACAAAGACACAAGCGUCCUUCCUAACUCUGUUGCCGGAGAGGAAGGAAACCUCUCAGGGAUUUCACCAGUAGGCCAAUGGUGAUCUUAAAACAGUUACAGAUUUUAAUGGCUGUGAUAGGAGAGAACUGAGGAGUGAAAAGAAGGAAGUCUGUACAGAAUACAAAUAUUCCAAAACAUGAAUCCUGUUUGCAAUAAGGCACUAAAGUAAUACUGCAAAAACAUUUGGCAAAGCAAUUCACCUUUUGUCCUGAAUAGAAAGCAUUAUGUUUGGGGCAAAUCCAACACAACACAUCACUGAGUACCACUCUAGAUAUUUUCAAGCAUAGUGGUGGCUGCAUCAUGUUUUUUGUGUGCUUGUAAUUUUUAAGGACUGGGAAUGUGGAAUGGAGCCAAGCACAGGCAAAAUCCUAGAGGAAAACCUGGUUCAGUCUGCUUUCCAACAGACACUGGGAGGCAUUCACCUUUCAGCAGGACAAUAACCUAAAACUCAAGGCCAAAUAUACACUGGAUGUCCCUGAGUGACCUGGUUACAGUUUUGACUUAAAGUGCCUUGAAUAUCUAUGGCAAGACUUGAAAAUGGCUGUCUAGGAAUUAUCAACAACCAACUUGACAGAGCUUGAAGAGUUUAAAAAUGAUAAGUGGCAAAUAUUGUACAAUCCAGGUGUGCAAAACUCAGAGAUUUACCCAAAAAGGCUCACAGCUGUAAUCCCUGCCAAAGAUUAUUCUAACACGUAUUGACUCAGGGUGUUGAAUACUUAUCUAAUCAAGAUAUAUUAGUGUUUUGUUAUUCAUUCAUCUUUAAAAUAUGUUAGCAUUUUUCUUCCACUUUGACAUUACAGAGUAUUCUGUGUAGAUCGUUAAAAAAAAGUCACAUGAAAUGUGGAAAUAGUAAAGGGGUGUGCAUACUUUCUGAAGGCAUCGUUCCUACUAUUAUAAAAAAAUGUUUUUACCAUUGACUGUAUUUGGUGUUUCACAGAUCAAAGGCUCGUGGUCGGGAAAGAACCGGGUGCAGAACCCCUACAGCCACAAGAACAUCAUCAAUAACUGCUGUGAAGUGUUGUGUGGGCCUGCAUACCCCAGGUACUGUACAGUAGGAGAACCAGCUGCCUUAACUGUGCUCCUAGGAUUAACUAGUGUGGAAAAUACUGUGCUGCUGUGUUUUUCAUUGUUUUACCCUUUCUCCUCAUGGUCUCGUUCUCUCUUGUGCCUUCUUUAUCUUCCUCUUGCUAACUUGUCUCUACUAUUCUUCUUCUCUGUAGCCACCCUCUGUCCUCCUGCCCCUUCCGACCCUCCCUCGUCUCGCUCUCUUUCGCUCUCACUCUCACUUCUUUCAAUCGCUCUCUUGUUCGCUUCGUCUCUAAUAUUAUUCCUCUCUCAUACUGUAGCCUCCCUUUUAUCCUCCCACCUCCCUCCUUUCUCUCGUUCUCUCUGUCUCCGUCUCCUUUCUGUUCGGCGGUGAAUAGGGUAUUGUUGAUGACUGAUUGUCUGUCUUCCCCUGGCAGUGUCUUGGACAGAAGAGGACUGACGCAGGAUGAUUUGCCUGUUCCCGCAUCCACUGCCACCAAGAGCAAUCCAGUGCCACAGACCACAGUAAGCCCACGCACGGAAAUUUACUGUCUGGCACUAAAAUGGUUUCAGCUUGCCAGACACAAAGCAUUAGUACAGUGAACAUGCAUAAAAUAUAGCCUAAAUCAAUUACAUAGAGGGAGGAGAGCAAAGGAGGUGUACGGGGUGAACAAUGUACUGUAGAGCAGAAAACGUUUUCCUUUUUUAUAGAGAUACUAUUAAUGUACUCAGCAGCUCACAGUUCUGUAGACAUUUUGUGUCUGUACAGAUGCCAUUUUGUACUGGUGUCUAGUCUAUCCUACUAUAGCCAUUUUGUGCCAUCUACUGUUGCAAUAUUGUACCUCACUAUGUCAGUAUAUUUUUACUGGUGCAAUAUCUUGCCUUUUCACUUCCCCUGAAUUCUAAUACAGGGCAGCUAUCAAUAGUUUCUUGUCUUUGGCUACUAUUAGUAUCCUUCUUAUUGUGCCAUGUUCCCUCUGUAGAGAACUACAGCUCCACUCAUCCCCAACGAGCACACCCCUGACGACGCCAAGCCCAGCAUCGCAGACUUGGCCAUCGCCCACGCAGAGAAAAUAAGCCCCUCCCCCAAGGAGGAGAAGCCGCCCACUCCGCCCAAAGCCCCGGUCAUUCCCAAAUCACCACCCACUCCCACCAAAGUCCCGCCCCUGGCCUCACCUGAAACUGACGUGGAGGCCUCCAUCAUUCUUGCCAAGGAGAAGGCGCUCUAG